AAUCUAAUGGGGCUUGGCGGCGGAAAUACCGCAGCCCAAACGACUCAGUCCAUGUCGCCCGGAGGAAAAAUGAAUCUCAUCAUCAAUCUCCACCAAAAUGUCACAUCCCCUCCGCAAAUGCAGCAACAGUCGGCCGGAUUUGCCGCAGUUCCACUCAAAUCGUUCUACAAUCGAGGCACUUUAUCGUCAUCGCUUUCAAUGUCUAACGAAACUUCAAUGUCCGAAGCAAAUCUUGUAGAACGUCAAGAAUCGUCACAAUUCGAUCCGUUCGUCCUCCUCCCGUUAGUUGCAAAAACUACGCCGCCACCCCCCACCUCCUCCCCGCCCCCACCAAUCGAUCCGUUGCAACAACUCGUCGGAUUUCUGUACUCGGUCGGAUACGUGAACAAUUCUACAGGUCCGAGUAAGGAUAAAGUUUCUCCGUUUCCUCCGUUUCCUGCAGAAAUUACGGACGAAGAUGACUCCGAAGAAGAGAAAAAGGCUAAAGUUUCAUUGUCAUCUUCCUCCCCGAAAAAAGUUGAGGAGGAAGAGGACGACGCGGAGGAUGACGAAUCAGAUGAAGGGUCGUCGAGAAACGGGUUGAAAUCGGGUAUUCCCCAUAGAAAGAAGAAAUUCUCAAAAAAUUUCGCCCCCUUGAGAAAAAAUGAGGCUGACUUUAUCCGAAUCAAAUCUUCUCAACGGACCGGACGCUUUCACCACCAUUCCGUCAGAAGAGAUGACGAUGACCCAGGGGUAGCGUCCCGGCCCCAGUUUUACGGAGGAAUAGUGCCACCCCCACACCCAGAAAUGCCCAUAUUGUUUCGAGCUUUUAGAUUUUUCUCGACCAUGCUUCGAGGUGGCCCGAUGGGAUGAUGGCUUAGUGAUAAUUUUCGAGAGAAUCACCUAGAAAUAAAUUAUUGUAUAGAUGUAGUAUUAAUUUUGUAAAAUUUCUAUCUCAUUUCGUAAAUUAUUGUAAAAUAUAAAAAAACGUACAAACUAAUCCGAAUUACAUUAAAAUGUUCAAAAAAAGUAACUAAAUUUUUAGCCCGAGCUUAUGAAACCAUCGUGCCAGUCUUUCUGUCUAACAAAAAUUUUAAAUAUAAAGAUCGAAGAGGGUAUAAUCCUUACUUGGUAAGGAUGUAGUCCACGUUAACUUUUAAUUGGUACAAAAUAAUCGGGUAUUUUUAUGAAAUAAUAUGUAUGUGCAAUCCAAACUUUGCUCGGGCUAUACACUCAGAGAAAAACUGACACCAAACUGACACCACACGGUGUCUAUAUAUGACUCUACCGGUUUGGUGUCAAUUUGACACGGGUUGGUGAGAAAAAUGAGCAACACCGUUACGGUGAGAAUGCAACAUAAUUUAGUGACAGCAGCAACACCGAGUUGGUGAGCAAUUUUUGACACCGAAUUGUGUUCAAAUCAACACGGUUUGCAUACUAACUUAACACCGCCACGAACAUUGUGAUGACACUAUUUGGUGAAAAUAAUGCGGUGUCAAUAUACGGUUAUAAAUGUUUCCUUUAUUUAAAAACAUAUAUUAAUUAAUUUUUCUUAUAAAUAUUUAACCUAACAAAAGUUACAUAUAAUAUUGAAUAAUAUUACAUUGUACAAUAAAAUAUCAAAUAUUUAACUUAAUAUUAACAAUUUUGAAAUAGUUAUAAGACAAUCAUGCUUAUUACUUUCCUUACCCUCUGAGCUCAAUCAACUUUCUUACAAACGAGUUUGUCAAAAUUGAAGAA